GAGGAGACAAGAUUAAAACUGCCUAAACCAUAGUUUGUGUUAGAAGUUAAUGAUUCUUCUACCAAGUACCAGCACUGCUUUGCUUAAGAAGAGAAUACUCUGACUUUUGAGCAUUUGUGUGGUAGUAUAACUGCUGUUGUUGUGGAUACAGAACCUAGAUCACUUAGCAAAGAAAUCAACCAUGACAGUGGAAACCGAAUCCAGCAAUGUCAGUGACUCAAACCAGGAGGCAGAACCUGCCCAGCUUUUGGAUGAUGAAGCAAACAAAAAUCUACCAGUCAAAAAGAAGACUUCCUGUUGCACUGGCUUGAAGGCAUUUCUUGCUGCUUUAUCAUUCAGCUACUUGAGUAAAACGUUGUCUGGCACGAUUAUGAAAAGUUCCAUCACUCAGAUUGAACGAAGGUUUGGCCUGACAUCAUCUACUGUUGGUUUCAUUGAUGGGAGCUUUGAGAUAGGUAACUUGCUGGUGAUUGCAUUUGUAAGCUACUUUGGAGCUAAACUUCAUAGGCCCAAAGUAAUAGCUUUUGGAUGCUUUACUAUGGCUGUGGGAAGUUUUUUAACAGCAAUGCCUCAUUUCUUCAUGGGAUAUUAUAAGUAUGAGACAACAUCACAUUCAGCUUCUUCAGCCAACUUGACUUCAAGCAUAAAUCCCUGUUCCCUACAUCAAGAUGUGAACGAAACCUUCUUGCAAGUCUCCAGGUCAGACUGUGAGAAGGAACCCACAUCAUAUACGUGGAUAUACAUCUUACUGGGAAACAUGUUACGUGGAAUUGGUGAGACACCAAUAACACCACUGGGCAUCUCUUAUCUUGAUGAUUUUGCUAAAGAGGAGAAUGUUCCUGUGUAUGUAGCAUGUUUGCACACAAUAGGCAUGUUGGGUCCAAUGUUUGGUUUCCUGUUGGGAUCUUUAUGUGCAAGACUGUAUGUGGAUGUCGGAUUUGUGGACUUAGGUAACAUCACUAUCACCCCACAGGACUCCCGCUGGGUGGGUGCGUGGUGGCUUGGUUUUUUAAUAGCUGGAGUAACCAGUUUGCUGGCUGCUAUUCCAUUCUGCUUCCUGCCAAAGAGCCUGAAAAAGCCAAAGGAAGCCAACAAUGACCAAACUUCAUACGGUCUCUUGGAAAACAUUGGUUCUAUGGGGAAGAAACUUACUGCUGCAAAACCUAAGCCCAGGAAGUGGUCAGUAAUACUGAAAGAUUUCUAUACCUCCCUGAAAAAAGUAUUGAGUAAUCGAAUGUACUUUACAUUUAUGUGUUGCUCACUGUUACAGUUUAAUAGCUUUAUUGGUUUCUUGACUUACAAACCAAAGUACAUGGAACAGCAGUAUGGACAAUCUACAUCUAAAUCUAACUUUCUAAUAGGAUUGACAUCCUUACCUCCUGUAGGUCUUGGAAUUUUCUUGGGAGGGCUUUUAAUGAAAAAGUACAAAAUGGGCAUCAUUGGAGCAACCAAGUUUGCAUUUUCCAUGUCAUUUGUGGCCUAUGCCCUUACUCUCUUGCACUUUUUUGUUGGCUGUGAGAACCACAUGGUAGCAGGAAUAACAGUGUCCUAUCAAGGCAAACCCAUUCCAUAUCAUGAAAAUGCUGUAUUUUCUGAGUGCAACUCUGACUGCAAAUGCUCCUCCAAUGUGUGGGAUCCUGUGUGUGGAGACAACGGAGUCACAUACGUUUCGGCGUGUCUAGCUGGGUGCACGGCGUCGGUGGGACAAGGAAAGAACACAGUCUUCCAUAACUGCAGCUGUAUUGAAGCCAGCAGUUCAUGGACAGGAAAUAACUCUGCCACUUUGGGGCAAUGUCCAAAAAGUGAAGAUUGUUCAAUGAAGUUUAUCUACUAUACAGUAAUACAAGUCAUAAGUGGCUUUUGUUAUGCAUUGGGAGGCACCCCAGCAUACCUGAUUAUGUUUAGAUGUGUUCAGCCAGAGUUGAAAUCUCUUGCAGUUGGUCUAUACACACUCAUUAUGAGAAUGCUAGCUGGGAUUCCAGCACCAGUUUAUUUUGGUGCACUGAUCGACAAGACAUGCUUGAAAUGGGGAAGCACAAGCUGUGGGCACCAAGGGGCUUGCCGGCUGUAUGACUCCAGUGCAUACAGGUAUGUCUACCUUGGUUUAUCAGCAGUAUUAAGAGGUCCUUCCUACUUGAUCGCAGUCCUUUUUUAUAUAUUGACAAAGAAACACUUUCAAAAUAAGGACUGCAGGCCUAUAGAAAAUGGAGGAAGGGAAGAUGCUCCUAUGAAUAAGGAAGAUAAUUGCAAGAUCAAAGAACAUUUGCCAGGUUCUUCUGAUGCAGAGAAUGAAUCAUGUAUUUAGAAAGCCUCUUAGACCAGUGGCACAUGAAUCAGGACAGGUUCUUUUAGAAACAACUUUCACCAUAUUAUGAAUAACUAAGUAAUAAAUAAUAGCACCAUUCAGAAAGCAAAACUAAUAGCAAACCUGUGAUGAACAGCAACAAAAACUAACACGCAAAUAUGAAAGUGUCUUAUGUCU